GGUUCAGGCUAGCUUGCGCGGUCGUAACAUUCAGGUUUGUGUGCAGACGAAUGACUGUAAUAUCAAUGUCGACAGUAGCAGCUACAACCAACCACACCAGCUAAGAUUUAUGUCAAAGAGAGGACACCGCUUUCCAAGAAGCCGUUCGGGAAUAUCAUUCAGUGCAGGGCAUUUACUACGAACGCAGCGCAGUGUCAGUUAGGUUUCUGUUGGUGAAGCUCAACUGGGAAAAUGCAGACGUAAGCCAGGCCAGAUAGCUGAACGCUGAAUGUAUUCAACCACACGAGAGCAUAAAUGAUUUUCAUGAACGAAUUUGCAGAUUUGGUCUUCAACAGUGGUGAAGAUGCGGAAAGACGUCAGAAUAUUACUUGUGGGAGAGCGUAAGUGGAUUUGUUUUGGUCUACUCUGGUAGUUCUGUCUUACUGUCAAGCUCCAGCCUGCAUGCAUGACAGCCAGCUGGAGGAGCGCGUGAUGCUGGUACGAGGACUAGCUAGCUGUGUUGUUCCACUAGGUUCAUCCAGUUUUAUAGCUAACGUUACACUACCACAUACACACACCAUGAUGGUAGCUACGCUACACACUACUCGGCCAUUAGUGUCAUAACAUAACAUAGCUAGCUAGCUAGCUAGUAUCCUAAACAAUUUGAUGUUUAGACCAAGUGACAUUGGCUAUUUACCAUCUGCUGUGAUGCUGACUGACUGCCUGUCCACAUGACAUGUUUGUCAUAUCAGUGCAUGGUUUUGCAAUUGACAUCUAAGCAAUUAGCUCCAGCUAAAUGUCAGCUUUAGUUAAUGUGUUCAAAACAUUCACUCUGACUCACCUGAGCAGCACCUGUCCACUUUCAAGAUACACUGCAUGGCCAAAAGUAUGUGUACAACCCUUCAAAUGAGUGGAUUUGGCUAUUUCAGCCACACCCGUUGCUGACAGGUGAAUAAAACCAAGCACACAGCCAUGCAAUCUCCAUAGACACAUUGGCAGUAGAAUGGCCUGUACUGAAGAGCUCAGUGACUUUCAACGUGGCACCGUCAUAGGAUGCCACCUUUCCAACAAGUCAGUUUGUCAAAUUUCUGCCCUGCUAGAGCUGCCCUGGUCAACUGUAAGUGCUGUUAUUGUAAAGUGGAAACGUCUAGGAGCAACAACAGCUCAGCCGCGAAGUGGUAGGCCACACAAGCUCACAGAACGGGACCGCAGAGUGCUGAUGCGUGUAAAAAUGGUCUGUCCUCAGUUGUAACAUUCACUGCUGAGUUCCAAACUGCCUCUGGAAACAACGUCAGCGCAAUAACUGUUCGCCGGGAGCUUCAUGAAAUGGGUUUCCAUGGCCGACCAGCCGCACACAAGCAUAAAAUCACCAUGUGCAAUGCCAAGCGUCGACUGGAGUUGUGAUAAAUCACGCUUCACCAUCUGGCAGUCCGAUGGUCGAAUCUGGGUUUGGCGGAUGUCAGGAGAACGCUACCUGCCCGAAUGCAUAGUGCCAACUGUAAAGUUUGGUGGAGGAAGAAUAAUGGUCUGGGGCUGUUUUUAUGGUUCGGGCUAGGCCCCUUAGUUCCAGUGAAGGGAAAUCUUAAUGCUACAGCAUACAAUGACAUUCUAGACGAUUCUGUGCUUCCAACUUUGUGGCAACAGUUUGGGGAAGGCCCUUUCCUGUUUCAGCAUGACAAUGCCCCUGUGCACAAAGCGAGGUCCAUACAGAAAUGGUUUGUCGAGAUCGGUGUGGAAGAACUUGACUGGCCUGCACAGAGCCCUGACCUCAACCCCAUCGAACACUAAUGCUCUUGUGGAUUAAUGGAAGCAAGUCCCCGCAGCAAUGUUCCAACAUCUAGAGGAAAGCCUUCCCAGGAGAGUGGAGGCUGUUAUAACAGCAAAGGGGGGGACCAACUCCAUAUUAAUGCCCAUGAUUUUGGAAUGAGAUGUUAGACGAGCAGGUGUCCACAUACUUUUGGCCAUGUAGUGUAUGAUUCUCUCUAAUAACAGGGUUUGUUAUACAGUGCCUUCGGAAAGUAUUCAGACCGUUGACUUGUUCCACAUUUUGUUACGUUACAGCCUUAUUAUCUACACACAAUACCCUAUAAUGGGAAAACGAAAAGUUUUUUUUUUUUUUUUACAAAACAGAAAUACCUUAUUUACGUAAGUAUUCAGACCCUUUGCUAUGAGACUCGAAAUUGAGCUCAGGUGCAUCCUGUUUCCAUUGAUCAUCCUUGAGAUGUUUCUACAACUUGAUUGGAGCCCACGUGUGGUAAAUUCAAUUGAUUGGACAUGAUUUGGAAAAGGCACACACCUGUCUAUAUAAGGUCCCACAGUUGACAGUCCAUGUCAGAGCAACAACCAAGCCAUGAGGUCGAAGGAAUUGUCCAUAGAGCUCCAAGACAGGAUUGUGUCGAGGCACAGAUCUGGGAAAGGGUACCAAAACAUUUCUGCAGAAUUGAAGGUCCCCAAGAACAGUGGCCUCCAUCAUUCUUAAAUGGAAGAAGUUUGGAACCACCAAGACUCUUCCUAGAGCUUGCCGCCCGGCCAGACUGAGCAAUCGGGGGAGAAGGGCCUUGGUCAGGGAAGUGUCCAAGAACCCGAUGGUCACUGACAGAGCUCUAGAGUUCCUCUGUGGAGAUGGGAGAACUUUCCAGGAGGACAACCAUCUCUGCAGCACUCCAUCAAUCAGGCCUUUAUGGUAGAGUGGCCAGAUGGAAGCCACUCCUCAGUAAAAGGCACAUGACAGCCCGCUUGGAGUUUGCCAAAAGGCACGUAAAGACCAUGAGAAACAAGAUUGAACUAUUUGGCCUGAAUGCCAAGUGUCACGUUUGGAGGAAACCUGGCACCAUCCAGGUGAAGCAUAGUGGUGGAAGCAUCAUGCUGUUGGGAUGUUUUUCAGAGGCAGGGACUGGGAGACUAGUCAGGAUCAAAGCGCUCAGGACCUCAGACUGAGGCGAAGGUUCACCUUCCAACAGGACAACGACCCUAAGCACACAGCCAAGACAAUGCAGGAGUGGCUUUGGGACAAGUCUCUGAAUGUCCUUGAGUGGCCCAGCCAGAGCCCGGACUUGAACCAGAUCAAACAUCUCUGGAGAGACCUGAAAAUAGCUGUGCAGCCAUGUGAUAUUUCAGUUUUUUUUGUGUUUGUUUUUUGCAAACAAUUCUAAAAACCUGUUAUUUGCUUUGUCAUUAUGGGGUAUUGUGUGUAGAUUGAUAAGGAAAAAAACCAAUUAAAUCAAUUUUAGAAUAAGGUUGUAACGUAGCAAAAUGUGGAAAACGUCAAGGGGUCUGAAUACUUUCCGAAUGCACUGUACUGUUUAUACAGGGACCCAGGGCUCAACAUUUCACAUUUGCCUAAUUCAAUUCUCUUCCCUUCUAAAGCAAAGCCCUAUUGUGAUUUAGUAAGCUGUCAAGUAGCUCUCUCUGGCCAUGAAUGCGGCAACUUGGUGUAAGAGGGAUCUAAUAUUUCACUGCAGCAGCAGAAGCAGCAGCAUCACUAUCUCUCCUUUGUGUGUGUGAAGCACAGACUGCCAAUUUGUACAAGGCAAGCCUAUCUCUUCAUGCCAGCUAUGAUGUUUGAAAUGUACAGAGAAACAAUGCAUGACAGGCUGCAAUUCCAAAACAGUUACUUUACGUACACAUGAUAAUAAUGCAAUAGAAAGUGUGAGGCUGUGCACAUUGCCUCUCCCUCUGCCAAUUCUAGUAUUGAGAAGAGUCUCAUUGCCAGGCGUGACACUGAGCCAAUAUGACAUCCUCCUCGUCUUCUUUUUUCCCAACAGCCAAGGUGGGGAAGACUUCCCUGAUCAUGUCGCUGGUCAGCGAGGAGUUCCCACAGGUGGUACGUAAAGACGCUUCCUGUAACCUCUCUGGGUUUAGUAAAUCGAUUUCAUAAUAAUGAUUACUGGUAUGUCUAUUCAGCCUAUGAAGCACUAUUCUCAAACUGAGUGCUUUGAAUUGUAUCGGGUAGACGGGGUAACUCCCCGUGGGAGAUGCACAUCUGGAUGAUCAGCAGUAGUACUCAUAAACAGUUAUUUACAUUUUAGUCAUUUAGCAGACGCUCUUAUCCAGAGCGACUUACAGGACCAAUUAGGGUAAAGUGCCUUGCUCAAGGGCACAACGACAUAUUUUUCACCUAGUCGGCUCGGGGAUUAGAACCAGCGACCUUUCGGUUACUGGCACAACGCUCUUAACCACUAAGCUACCUGCCGCCCCUGCAUUACCUAAGUGGAAUGUACGUUUUGAGUAUCCCAUUGGUGUCUCUUUAUGACGGUCAUCCUUGGUUGGUUCCUUGUAACAGGUGCCCUACCGGGCUGAAGAGAUCACCAUACCGGCAGAUGUCACCCCAGAGAGAGUUCCUACACACAUAGUAGACUACUCAGGUACUGUAACUGUACUAACAGUGGAGCUAUAUCAUGUAUACCUUAUCUCUGUUGUACUAUGCAAACCAUGGGUAAACAUGUUAUUGUACAUUCAAGCCAUGUACACUGAACUACUACACUAAUACUGUCCUGUUGUUCACUAACUGCAUGUUUUAACUCGCACAGAGGCGGAACAAACAGAUGAGCAGUUGUCUUCAGAAAUAUCAAAGGUGAGAUUAGAAUCAAUGUUUACUAUUGUAGAAAGAUUUGAGAGUCUUGCAGAGUCCAGAUCGUAAUGGUUGUCGCUCCCUUUACAGGCCAAUGUGAUUUGCAUAGUGUACGCCGUCAACAACAAGAAGUCCAUUGAGAAGGUGAGUUUAGUCAUAGCCUAGGAUUUCAUUGUAUAUGUGUAUUUUUGAAGUACUAUAUGCACAUUAUGUUAUGAUAUCAGCCAGUUCAUACUCAUGUUUGCUUUUUGUAAUGUCAUGUCUUCACCAUCAUGUAUUCCGUUAGGUGACCAGUCAUUGGAUUCCUCUUAUAAAUGACAAUACAGACAAGGACAGCAGGUGAGGGAUGCAGUCUAGGUUUAAUUGUGGUUCUUACGUAUGUAGCCCAGUUCCUGCAUGAGCUUUUGCAAUGGUUACGCUAUUGUCUUAAUGACCUAUAACAUGAAGAGUAUGGGGGGUGCAGUGUAGUAGUGGGUAUCCUAUGUGGUAUGUGUAUUGCAAUGCUCAACCACUACCAGGGUUCACCCAACUGGGUCGCUGUAAAAGGCACUCUACAUGAAGUUACAUGAAUGUGUUUUCUGUUCAAUAUAUGAUAUAUGCAUGGAUGUUUUCCUAACGUUUUGAAAGAGGAGAUGGGAAUGAGUCAUAGACACAAGUCCACGCUUUUCACAACUUGAGUCAUUUCAGUAAAUUGACUCAUUUUCUCAGUAGAACAGCAGUCAAGAAAUACAAUAAGUCAUGUUGAGCCUAGUUUCAUGCAUGCAGACCCACCACAUUAUAAUAUUAUUUCUAGGAAGACCAAUUGAGAUAAGAAAAUAUGUAUUUUCCAAGGGAGACCUCGCCAGUAUACAUGACAUCACACACUACAAUCACAUGAUUUUAUGUCUGUAUUGGGAAAAUGGCCCUGAAUGUAAAGCUUUAAAACCUAGUAAAUAACUCUAUAAAAACAAUCCAAUCAACCAUUUACAACCUUUCUCUCUCUCCGUCCUCCCCCUAUAGGGUUCCUGUCAUCCUGGUGGGGAACAAGUCUGACCUGGUGGAACACAGCAGCAUGGAGACCAUCCUGCCCAUCAUGAACCAGUACACUGAGAUAGAGACAUGUGUGGAGGUGAGACUGCCAGAGGGCUUCUGUACUGAGUCACCCACUGUGUUGUAGCACUGUGACUUCACUACACAGAGUAGUGAUUCAUCGCCAGAUAUAGCACAGAGGCUGCGUAAAAGCCACUGACCUACUCACCCCAUGUAGAUUUAUCAGCAUUUACGCACACUUAUCAUGUGUACUUAUCAUGCACACUUAUCAUGUAUUCUCAUCAUUCACACUUAUCAUUUAUACUUAUCAUGCACACUUAUCUCUUACCAUGCACACUUAUCAUUUAUCAUGCACACUUAUGUAUACUUAUCAUGUACACUUAUCACUUAUCAUGCACACUUAUCACUCUAACAGAGGAGUGAUGCACCUCCAAAUGUAGCAAUGAAGAUAAAUCAAUGAAAAGAAAUGACUGUAAAUGUCUGCUACAGUAACUAUUUUUAGAAUGGCUUGAACAGUUCCGGUAUCUAUUAAAGAUGUAUAACAGGGGUGGGGCUUAUAUUUGAACAGUCCUUUUUAUACAGCUAUACAGGUUUUAUUGUGCUGCUAUAGAGCUUACAAAUGUUACAUGUUGUAAAUCUAAAUCUGUAGGGUUUAAAGCUGGUCCCAGAAAACAUGCUCUAUCUAUGUAGCUUUUACCAUCAUCAUACAGGGUGACAAUGUGAGUCCAUACAAAGACUAUAUACAUUAAGACUAUACAGUGCCUUGCAAAAGUAUUCAUCCCCCUUGGCGUUUUUCCUAUUUUGUUGCAUUACAACUUGUAAUUUAAAUGGAUUUUAUUUGGAUUACAGGUAAUGGACAUACACAAAACAGUCCAAAUUGGUGAAGUGAAAUGAAUAAAAUAACUUGUUUAAAAAAAAAAUCUAAGAUAAAUUACGGAAAAGGGGUGCGUGCAUAUGUAUUCACCCCCUUUGCUAUGAAGCCCCUAAAUAAGAUCUGGUGCAACCAAUUACCUUCAGAAGUCACAUAAUUAGUUAAAUAAAGUACACCAGUGUGCAAUCUAAGUGUCACAUGAUCUGUCACAUGAUCUCAGUAUAAAUACACCUGUUCUGAAAGGCCCCAGAGUCUGCAACACCACUAAGCAAGGGGCACCACCAAGCAAGCGGCACCAUGAAAAACAAGGAGCUCUCCAAACAGGUCAGGGACAAAGUUGUGGAGAAGUACAGAUCAGGGUUGGGUUAUAAAAAAUUUAAAAAAUGAAACUUUGAACAUCCCACGGAGCACCAUUUAAAAUCCAUUAUAAAAAAAUGGAAAGAAUAUGGCACCACAACAAACCUGCCAAGAGAGGGCCGCCCACCAAAACUCACGGACCAGGCAAGGAGGGCAUUAAUCAGAGAGGCAACAAAGAGACGAAGUGUCCAUAGGACCACUUUAAGCCGUUCACUCCACAGAGCUGGGCUUUACAUUGCUUAAAGAAAAAAAUAAGCCAACACGUUUGGUGUUCGCCAAAAGGCAUGGGGGAGACUCCCCAAACAUGGAAGAAGGUACUCUGGUCAAAUGAGACUAAAAUUGAGCUUUUUGGCCAUCAAGGAAAACGCUAUGUCUGGCGCAAACCGAACACCUCUCAUCACCCCGAGAACACCAUCCCCACAGUGAAGCAUGGUGGUGGCAGCAUCAUGCUGUGGGGAUGUUUUUCAUCGGCAGGGACUGGGAAACUGGUCAGAAUUGAAUGAAUGAUGGAUGGCGUUAAAUACAGGGAAAUUCUUGACGGAAACCUGUUUCAGUCUUCCAGAGAUUUGAGACUGGGACGGAGGUUCACCUUCCAGCAGGACAAUGACCCUAAGCAUACUGCUAAAGCAACACUCGAGUGGUUUAAGAGGAAACAUAUUUAAAUGUCUUGGAAUGGCCUAGUCAAAGCCCAGACCUCAAUUCAAUUGAGAAUCUGUGGUAUGACUUAAAGAUUGCUGUACACCAGCGGAACCCAUCCAAUUUGAAGGAGCUGGAGCAGUUUUGCCUUGAAGAAUGGGCAAAAAUCCCAGUGGCUAGAUGUGCCAAGCUUAUAGAGACAUACCCCAAGAGACUUGCAGCUGUAAUUGCUGCAAAAGGUGGCUCUACAAAGUAUUGACUUUGUGAGGGUGAAUAGUUAUGCACGCUCAAGAUUUCAGUUUUUUUGUCUUAUGUCUUGUUUGUUUCACCCCAAAAAAUAUUUUGCAUCUUCAAAGUGGUAGGCGUGUUAUGUAAAUCAAAUGAUACAAACCCCCCCAAAAUCCAUUUUAAUUCCAGGUUGUAAGGCAACAAAAUAGGAUCCUAAAGGUCUCAGACCAUGAGAAACAAGAUUCUCUGGUCUGAUGAAACCAAGAUUGAACUCUUUGGCCUGAAUGCCAAGCGUCACGUCUGGAGGAAACCUGGCACCAUCCCUACGGUGAAGCAUGGUGGUGGCAGCAUCAUGCUGUGGGGAUGUUUUUCAGCCGCAGGGACUGGGAGACUAGUCAAGAUCGAGGGAAAGAUGAACGGAGCAAAGUACAGAGAGAUCCUUGAUGAAAACCUGCUCUGGAGCGCUCAGGACCUCAGACUGGGGCGAAGGUUCACCUUCCAUCAGGACAACGACCCUAAACACAAGACAACGCAGGAGUGGCUUCGGGACAGGUCUCUGAAUGUCCUUGAGUGGCCCAGCCAGAGCCCGGACUUGAACCCUAUCUCUAAUAUCUCUGGAAAGACCUGAAAAUAGCGGUGCAGCGACGCUUCCGAUCCAACCUGACAGAGCUUGAGAGGAUCUGCAGAGAAGAAUGGGAGAAACUCCCCAAAUACAGAUGUGCCAAGCUUGUAGCGUCAUACCCAAGAAGACUCAAGGCUGUAAUCGCUGCCAAAGGUGCUUCAACAAAGUACUGAGUAAAGGGUCUGAAUACUUAUGUAAAUGUGAUAUUUUAGCAAAAAUUAAAAAACUGUUUUUGCUUUGUCUUUAUGGGGUAUUAUGUGUAGAUUGAUGAGGGGGGAAAAAACAAUUUAAUCCAUUUAGAAUGCGGCUGUAACGUAACAAAAUGUGGAAAAAGCCAAGGGGGUCUGAAUAUUUUCCGAAUGCACUGUAUACUAUGGAUACAUUUGAUUGUGGUCCUACAUUUGAUUGUGGUCCUCUGUAGCUCAACUGGUAGAGCACGGCGCUUGUAACGCCAAGGUAGUGGGUUCGAUCCCCGGGACCACCCAUACACAAAAAAAAAAAUGUAUGCACGCAUGACUGUAAGUCGCUUUGGAUAAAAGCGUCUGCUAAAUGGCAUAUUAUUAUUAUUAUUAUAAGGAAACAGACUUGACAAUCAAACUGAUCCAAUCAACCCUAGAGUUUGACCCCCAUGGCUUUCCUCCACCCAGCUAGCCAUAGAGCCGUGUCCAAAGUCCCGCUUUGGCUGCUUCCUCCUCCAUGUUUCACAGUCUAAUUAGUAAUGGCUUAUCCCUCAGACAGAUCCUGGCUGUUAAAUCCUCCCUGGCCCCAGCCAGCCAGGUCACAAUGGAGACUGAUGUAGAACACUACUAUACUCUACUGUAAACAACUCUCACUUUCCUGACCCAUCUAGUGGAAAGAAAGAGAGAGAGUUUGUCAUUUUUGAGUGCACAGCUUAAAGAUGAAAUCCGCAUUAGGGGAAACAGCAGCACUGUCCGCCCCAGCACCUUUGUUAUUGUUUUUGUUUUGUGGACGAAACGGAGGUGAGUCGAGCAGCUUGCAGUGUUCGUUUUAGGCAGUAACUUCUUUGUUGUUGUAAUAUCCCAAAUUGGAAGUUUCACCGUUUAAGGAUUCCAGCUUUAAGUGCUUUCUGCACUGUGAUAUUUGUUUAGGUAUUUUAGUUCAGGGCAGGAACUGCAUUGUUGUUUUUGAUAUGUUGGUAAAUAUAAAUAUUAUUUCAGGAUGAAUGAAAUUCAUAUUUUGUAUGUUCUUUCUGUAUUUCCAUAACUUUUUUUUUAGUGUUCAGCAAAGAACCUGAAGAACAUUUCUGAGUUGUUUUACUACGCCCAAAAAGCUGUCCUGCACCCCACUGGUCCCCUAUACUGCCCAGAGGAGAAACAGGUAAAGGGUGAAGAAGCCCUCUUAACAGAAUGUUACAGAAUAAGAAUUGUUCAUAAAAUCUCACGUUUACUUUGAGGCCAACUGUAUCAUUAUACUGUUGAUUUGACUUGAUUCCCAGAUGAAGCCUGCUUGCAUCAAAGCGCUGACUCGCAUCUUCAAGGUAUCAGACCUGGACAACGAUGGGAUCCUCAAUGAUAAUGAGCUCAACUUCUUCCAAGUGAGUUUGAACUCUGUGACUCUGACUCCUAGAGCAGCACAAGCAUACAUUAAUUACAGUAAUAACAAGUUAACUAGCCCUUUUUCAUUCAGGUGAAGGGUUUAAAUAGAGUUAUUUCAGUGUUUUCCUUGACAGGUUUUGUGAUUUUGUGUGUGUGUGUGCGCAGAGGACAUGCUUCAAUGCCCCACUGGCGUCUCAGGCCCUGGAGGAUGUGAAGAAUGUUGUGAGGAAGAAUGUGAUCGACGGUGUGUGUGACAACGGCCUCACUCUCAAAGGUAUGCUCUAUUAACAAAAGGAGGGAGUGGACAAUGAAGUUCCUGUUGAUCCAAAUGUUUGUCCUUUUCUGUUUCUUUGCCAGCUCAGUCCUGUAUUUCUUAAAGAACUAGUCACACCUUUCUGAAGCACCAUGUUUGAGCAUGUUGUGAUAUGUUUGAAUAAUGUCCCCAUAUUCCACAUUCCGAACACCCACACACUCACUCUAGUUGACCUAUAUCAUUGUGGUCCUCCUCAGGGUUCCUGUUCCUCCACACUCUCUUCAUCCAGAGGGGGAGACAUGAGACCACCUGGACGGUCCUCAGGAGGUUCGGCUACGACGACGACCUGGAACUCCACCAAGACUACCUGUUCCCACUCACGUGAGUGUACUGUCUGUUUCCGCAUCUCCACUAUAACCUAUUCCUCCAGGGUGUACUGUCUACUUCUACACCCAUAUCAACAAACUAUCUCCCCUCGUAGUAGUGAUGGGGGGGGGAAAUCAAUACAAUUUUGCGAUAUUGUAUCGUUUUGACAAUAUCGCAAAAUAUAAUUUUUGCGCUAGUUGGCUGUACCCGCACCAAAACUCAAGUAUUUAGGGUGCCAAUUUGUUUUCAGCACUGUUAUUUCCAUGACUGAUCAAAACUUGUUUUCUCUUGUCCCUCUGCAGCAGACAUAUGUUGAGCAAUAUGUUUGGAACGUCGAAUCGCAAUUAAAUCACAGUAUCGAAUCACUAUACAUAUAGAAUCGUGAUACAUACAGUGGGGAUAAAACGUAUUUAGUCAGCCACCAAUUGUGCAAGUUCUCCCACUUAAAAAGAUGAGAGAGGCCUGUAAUCUUCAUCAUAGGUACACGUCAACUAUGACAGACAAAUUGAGAAAAAAUAUCCAGAAAAUCACAUUGUAGGAUUUUUAAUGAAUUUAUUUGCAAAUUAUGGUGGAAAAUAAGUAUUUGGUCACCUACAAACAAGCAAGAUUUCUGGCUCUCACAGACCUGUAACUUCUUCUUUAAGAGGCUCCUCUGUCCUCCACUCGUUACCUGUAUUAAUGGCACCUGUUUGAACUUGUUAUCAGUAUUAAAGACACCUGUCCACAACCUCAAACAGUCACACUCCAAACUCCACUAUGGCCAAGACCAAAGAGCUGUCAAAGGACACCAGAAACAAAAUUGUAGACCUGCACCAGGCUGGGAAGACUGAAUCUGCAAUAGGUAAGCAGCUUGGUUUGAAGAAAUCAACUGUGGGAGCAAUUAUUAGGAAAUGGAAGACAUACAAGACCACUGAUAAUCUCCCUCGAUCUGGGGCUCCACGGAAGAUCUUACCCCGUGGGGUCAAAAUGAUCACAAGAACGGUGAGCAAAAAUCCCAGAACCACACGGGGGGGACCUAGUGAAUGACCUGCAGAGAGCUGGGACCAAAGUAACAAAGCCUACCAUCAGUAACACACUACGCCGCCAGGGACUCAAAUCCUGCAGUGCCAGAUGUGUCCCCCUGCUUAAGCCAGUACAUGUCCAGGCCCGUCUGAAGUUUGCUAGAGUGCGUUUGGAUGAUCCAGAAGAGGAUUGGCAGAAUGUCAGAUGAAACCAAAAUAGAGCUUUUUGGUAAAAACUCAACUCGUCGUGUUUGGAGGACAAAGAAUGCUGAGUUGCAUCCAAAGAACACACAUACCUACUGUGAAGAAUGGGGGUGGAAACAUCAUGCUUUGGGGCUGUUUUUCUGCAAAGGGACCAGGACGACUGAUCCGUGUAAAGGAAAGAAUGAAUGGGGCCAUGUAUGUGAGAUUUUGAGUGAAAACCUCCUUCCAUCAGCAAGGGCAUUGAAGAUGAAACGUGGCUGGGUCUUUCAGCAUGACAAUGAUCCCAAACACACCCCCGGGCAACGAAGGAGUGGCUUCGUAAGAAGCAUUUCAAGGUCCUGGAGUGGCCUAGCCAGUCUCCAGAUCUCAACCCCAUAGAAAAUCUUUGGAGGGAGUUGAAAGUCCGUGUUGCCCAGCGACAGCUCCAAAACAUCACUGCUCUAGAGGAGAUCUGCAUGGUAGGAAUGGGCCAAAAUACCAGCAACAGUGUGUGAAAACCUUGUGAAGACUUACAGAAAACGUUUGACCUGUGUCAUUGCCAACAAAGGGUAUAUAACAAAGUAUUGAGAAACUUUUGUUAUUGACCAAAUACUUAUUUUCCACCAUAAUUUGCAAAUAAAUUCAUUAAAAAUCCUACUGUGAUUUUCUGGAUUUUUUUCCCUAAUUUUGUCUGUCAUAGUUGACGUGUACCUAUGAUGAAAAUUACAGGCCUCUCUCAUCUUUUUAAGUGGGAGAACUUGCACAAUUGGUGGCUGACUAAAUACUUUUUUCCCCCACUGUAUCAUAUCGGCACGUAAGUAUCGUGAUAAUAUCGUAUCGUGAGGUCCCUGGCAAUUACCAGCCCUACCUAUUAGUGUGCAUGUCUUUACAUCUACCCACAGGCACAGACAUUGGCCAUUCCGUGUGCCUAGUCCAUCAUGCUUUUAUUGCCUUUGUCUUCCUCAAGGACAAUCUGAGCCUUAGAGACUUCCAAUAAGUAAUAAUAAUAUCUAUCAACUGAUUCCAUGCAGAAAUACACUUCGCUUCACCAGUACAACAAAAGAUGUCUGCCUCCUCUUCUUUCAGUUCUGAAGCACAUGUUUUGAGCAUGUUGUGAAUGUUUAAUACUGUCCCCAUUUCCACAUUCCGAACACCCACACACUCACUCUAGUUGACCUAUUAUCAUUGUUGGUCCUCCUCAGGGUUCCUGUUCCUCCACACCUCUCUUCAUCCAGAGGGGGAGACAUGAGACCACCUGGACGGUCUCAGGAGGUUCGGCUACGACGACGACCUGGAACUCCACCAAGACUACCUGUUCCCCACUCACGUGAGUGUACUGUCUGUUUCCGCAUCUCCACUAUAACCUAUUCCUCCAGGGUGUUACUGUCUACUUCUACACCCAUAUCAAUAAACUAUCUCCCACUUGUAGUAGUGAUGGGGGGGGGAAAUCAAUACAAUUUUGCCGAUAUUGUAUCGUUUUGACAAUAUCGCAAAAUAUAAUUUUUGCGCUAGUUGGCUGUACCCGCACCAAAACUCAAGUAUUUAGGGUGCCAAUUUGUUUUCAGCACUGUUAUUUCCAUGACUGAUCAAAACUUGUUUUCUCUUGUCCCUCUGCAGCAGACAUAUGUUGAGCAAUAUGUUUGGAACGUCGAAUCGCAAUUAAAUCACAGUAUCGAAUCACUAUACAUAUAGAAUCGUGAGAAUCGUAAUACAUACAGUGGGGAAAAAAAGUAUUUAGUCAGCCACCAAUUGUGCAAGUUCUCCCACUUAAAAAGAUGAGAGAGGCCUGUAAUCUUCAUCAUAGGUACACGUCAACUAUGACAGACAAAUUGAGAAAAAAUAUCCAGAAAAUCACAUUGUAGGAUUUUUAAUGAAUUUAUUUGCAAAUUAUGGUGGAAAAUAAGUAUUUGGUCACCUACAAACAAGCAAGAUUUCUGGCUCUCACAGACCUGUAACUUCUUCUUUAAGAGGCUCCUCUGUCCUCCACUCGUUACCUGUAUUAAUGGCACCUGUUUGAACUUGUUAUCAGUAUUAAAGACACCUGUCCACAACCUCAAACAGUCACACUCCAAACUCCACUAUGGCCAAGACCAAAGAGCUGUCAAAGGACACCAGAAACAAAAUUGUAGACCUGCACCAGGCUGGGAAGACUGAAUCUGCAAUAGGUAAGCAGCUUGGUUUGAAGAAAUCAACUGUGGGAGCAAUUAUUAGGAAAUGGAAGACAUACAAGACCACUGAUAAUCUCCCUCGAUCUGGGGCUCCACGGAAGAUCUUACCCCGUGGGGUCAAAAUGAUCACAAGAACGGUGAGCAAAAAUCCCAGAACCACACGGGGGGACCUAGUGAAUGACCUGCAGAGAGCUGGGACCAAAGUAACAAAGCCUACCAUCAGUAACACACUACGCCGCCAGGGACUCAAAUCCUGCAGUGCCAGAUGUGUCCCCCUGCUUAAGCCAGUACAUGUCCAGGCCCGUCUGAAGUUUGCUAGAGUGCGUUUGGAUGAUCCAGAAGAGGAUUGGCAGAAUGUCAGAUGAAACCAAAAUAGAGCUUUUUGGUAAAAACUCAACUCGUCGUGUUUGGAGGACAAAGAAUGCUGAGUUGCAUCCAAAGAACAACAUACCUACUGUGAAGAAUGGGGGUGGAAACAUCAUGCUUUGGGGCUGUUUUUCUGCAAAGGGACCAGGACGACUGAUCCGUGUAAAGGAAAGAAUGAAUGGGGCCAUGUAUCGUGAGAUUUUGAGUGAAAACCUCCUUCCAUCAGCAAGGGCAUUGAAGAUGAAACGUGGCUGGGUCUUUCAGCAUGACAAUGAUCCCAAACACACCGCCCGGGCAACGAAGGAGUGGCUUCGUAAGAAGCAUUUCAAGGUCCUGGAGUGGCCUAGCCAGUCUCCAGAUCUCAACCCCAUAGAAAAUCUUUGGAGGGAGUUGAAAGUCCGUGUUGCCCAGCGACAGCUCCAAAACAUCACUGCUCUAGAGGAGAUCUGCAUGUAGGAAUGGGCCAAAAUACCAGCAACAGUGUGUGAAAACCUUGUGAAGACUUACAGAAAACGUUUGACCUGUGUCAUUGCCAACAAAGGGUAUAUAACAAAGUAUUGAGAAACUUUUGUUAUUGACCAAAUACUUAUUUUCCACCAUAAUUUGCAAAUAAAUUCAUUAAAAAUCCUACUGUGAUUUUCUGGAUUUUUUUCCCUAAUUUUGUCUGUCAUAGUUGACGUGUACCUAUGAUGAAAAUUACAGGCCUCUCUCAUCUUUUUAAGUGGGAGAACUUGCACAAUUGGUGGCUGACUAAAUACUUUUUUCCCCCACUGUAUCAUAUCGGCACGUAAGUAUCGUGAUAAUAUCGUAUCGUGAGGUCCCUGGCAAUUACCAGCCCUACCUAUUAGUGUGCAUGUCUUUACAUCUACCCACAGGCACAGACAUUGGCCAUUCCGUGUGCCUAGUCCAUCAUGCUUUUAUUGCCUUUGUCUUCCUCAAGGACAAUCUGAGCCUUAGAGACUUCCAAUAAGUAAUAAUAAAUAUCUAUCAACAUUGAUUCCCAUGCAGAAAUACACUUCGGCUUCACCAGUACAACAAAAGAUGUCUGCCUCCCUUCUUUCAGAUUGAGAUGGGCCACUAAACCCCAGUAUAACAGUCAGGAUUAACAUCCAUCCCCCUUCUAGCUCUGACCUCAAUUACCCACAAGUCUCUCUCUCUCCCCCUGCCGAGCGUCCAUUGAGGACGUAAUUGAAUCCGUCAUCUUCUUAUUUAUCUCGUAAUCUCUGCAGGAUUCUCCAUCUGACUGUUGUGGUGUGUGUGUGUGUGUGUGUGUGUGUGUGGUGUAUGUGUGUGUUCCCCACCUCUACUGUACCGUCAGGUUGAAAAUACCUCCAGACUGCACCACAGAGCUGAAUCACAAUGCCUACCUCUUCCUCCAGAGUGUCUUCGACAAGCAUGACAAGGUAUUGACCUUUCCUGUGGUAUAUGAUACCAUUGAAUUUGGAGCCAACAUUUCAGACUAACAAAAGUCAAAACCGUUUCUAAACUCUGCUGGCAGUGAAUGAACUAUAAAUCGAGUGGUCAAGCUAGUGUUUGUCCGUAUGUUCUAGAUGCCAAUGACCGGUGAGGUGUGUGUGUUUUUUUCAGGACCGGGAUUGUGCCCUGUCCCCAGAGGAGCUGAAGGACCUGUUUGAUGUGUUUCACUACAUGCCCUGGGGUCCCGACGUCAACAACACGGUGUGCACCAACGACGAAGGCUGGAUCACCUACCAGGGCUACCUGUCCCAGUGGACGUAGGUUACCACCACACACACCUGAACACACACAGACAGACACACACACACACAAGAGAGAUGUACUGCUGUGUUAAAUGCACAAAGUGUUUCUUUUGUUUAUCUAAACUAUGAAAGUCUGAAUGAACCCCCAAGACAGUGUGUCUUACAGUGUAUGACAGUUUCCAUUCACUCCUCUGUGUAUCCCUGUGCCCAGGUUGACUACCUACCUGGAUGUCCAGCGCUGCCUGGAGUACCUGGGUUAUCUUGGUUACUCCAUCAUCUCUGAGCAGGAGUCCCAGGCAGCAGCCAUCACAGGUGGGAGGACAGCCCAUUGUCAUGGCAACUGAGACAAGCGCUAGAUUAGAUAUGAGCAGAGACAUAUAGAAGACGAAGAUGGCUUCUACCAAAGUUAGCUGUAAGCUGUAGUCUACAGCCAACCUGUUAACAUUGUGUGCUAGAACUUCAUAUUGUAUUCAAUUCUCUAUCUAGAGAGCAGUGACGAAGUUACACUCACUGAAACCACAUUCUGCAUAGGACUAAUGACAUCCAAAGCAUAUUAAGCAUUCAUUUAUAUACAUUCAUUUGCUGCGUAAACUAAACUGUGUUUGUGUGUCCUCUCCGUUCUACAGUGACGAGGGACAAGAAGAUUGACCUGCAGAAGAAGCAGACCCAGCGCAGUGUGUUCCGCUGUAACGUCUUCGGGGACAGCGGCAGCGGCAAGAGUGGCUUCCUACAAGCCUUCCUUGGAAGAAACCUCAUGGUCAGUGUCAACAUUAAUUCAUUCCCUCAAAGAGGAAGUUGUAAGUCGGUGGCAAGGAUAACUUCCCUGGACAGAAGAAACAUUUGAACAACAUAAAUUUAACAACUCCAUGUCACUCCAAAUACUUCAGUCUACUUCCUGUUUAAAACUUUUUGGAAUUCCUCUUGGUAUUGGUAAACUCUUUUGUAUGUUUGAAUAAUUUUCCCCCCUCCUUUUUUUUCUCAGCGUCAAAACACCAUUAGCGAAGAGCACAUGUCCUACUAUGCUAUCAGCAAUGCAUAUGUGUAUGGGCAGGAGAAAUACCUACUGGUGAGUUGUCUUUGACUUACUCUUAAUCGAUUAGAUGGUGUUUGUUUGUCCACAGCUUUUCAGCCUAAACGUUGUGUGUGUGUUUCUGUGUGUGUUCAUUCAUUUCUUCUUUCCUCUCCUCUCCCUCAGCUCCACGAGGUCUUCCCAGACUUUGACGUCCUCUCGGAUGCUGACCUAGCUUGUGACAUUGUGUGUCUGGUCUACGACGCCAGCAACCCCCACUCCUUUGAGUACUGCGCCAGAGUCUUCAAGGUAUGUGCUGUUCACAACCAGUCCUUCUACUUUCCGUGUUUGUCUAUUUAGUAUUUCAAGAUGGCUACCCAAUACGCUUCUAAUCAACCACGGAAUUAGAGUAAAUGUUUUUAAAGCGGAAGCCAUCUGUUAUUACCAUAUUAUUACAAAUAUGGGCUUCUUUAAAAAAAGUAUAUUGCUGAAUUUCACAUGACAGUGUCCAAUAACAAUAUCCCUCUGCCUUUUGCAGCAAUACUUCAUGGACACCAAGACGCCGUGCAUGAUGAUCGCAGCCAAGUCAGACCUCCAGGAGACCAAGCAGCUAUAUGCCCUCACCCCUCUGGAGUUCUGUAGGAAGCACAAGAUGCCCCCUCCGCAGGCCUUCACCUGCAACACGGCAGACGCACCCUGCAAAGACAUCUACACCAAACUCACCACCAUGGCCAUGCACCCGUGAGUAGUGGAGCACUCUGUUGUAUUAGGCCUCAUGGGGCCCUAAAACCCCAUGUCGAACCUUCAAAUCCCUCCCUCAAACCCUAAAGCUCUACCUUAAGCCCUUGAACCCUCUCCACAAUCCCUAAAAAAAUCAUUUAAAUCUUUAAGACCCCAUCUCAUGCUGUAAGACCCAUUGCCAAGCUCCAAAACCCCACCUCAGGCCCCAAAACUGCCCCUAAGCUGUUAAAUUCUACCUCAUCCCUCACUUCCCAAAUUAGUCCCACUUCACAUUGAAAUAUAGAGACUCUGAACUCUUGGGGUGAACGGUAUCCACCAUCUUGGUUAGACGUGGUGGUUACGGUGGUGGAUUAAAUUUGCCAUUAGCUGCUACUGUAUUUUUAUUGCCCUUGCAUGCCCCCUUUCCCACUACUCUCUCUUUGUCAGGGUGUUGUCCACACUGGUCACCUCUCUGUCACAGGUCACAUAACCCAUGUACACAGUGAACUGUAAUCCUCAGAAGCAUAGCCAACACAUGGGGGACAGCAUCAAUGUAUCACGUAUUUAAUCCAGUGCAUUUUGAUUUCAUCUAUGGACCUCUAACUCUGUGGUGGCAUGGGGACAUUUAACAAUGUUGACAAUUAUCCAAAUUGAUCCAAAGUGGCUAUUUGGAGUUUACAACCCCCAACAGUGUGAGGUGAAGAUUACAAUGGAUCAGACUUGUGGUCAUGCUCUCCCGUUGAUUAAUUAGACAAUUCUCCUCCUAUCUUCCUGGGUGGGUGCUCUUGGUAUUUGAACCCCUGUUAAGAGAUGAGCUCUAUGGACCAAAGAGCUCAAACCUUCUGGUGGCAUGGUUCUUUCUGUUCUAACUCUUCUUCUUUGUGCCUGUGUGUGUGUGUGUGUGUGUGUGUGUGUACCUCUCUCUCCUCAGUCACGCUCGGCUGCGCUGUAUGUGUACCUGUAACAGGUGCACCUUCUGCCACCUGCAGAACUUCAUCAACUCAGAGCUGGUGCAGACGGUGAAGGCCAAGCUCUACACCGCCAUUCUCAGCAGGUCCUUACUCUUUCACAGAGACCUUUGAACUCUUCUGUUUCACAAUCCUCCUUUACGUCAUUCGUCCUUUUCUCCUUCUCUUGCCAUUUCAUUUUGCCCCCGAAAAGUUUCCUCAUUUUGUUCAUUAUGUGGAUUUUGUCUUCCUUUUCUGUCUAUCUGAGAACCCUGUCUUUGCCUUCACACUCUUCUGUUUUAACACUCCUCCUCUUCAUUUGUCCCUCUUCUUCUUCAUUUGCUGUUCAUCACCUCCGUUUUGACCCUGUUUUGGAAUUGUGGCGUUUUGCUCAUCAUGUGGAUUUUGUCCUGUGGAUUGUCAUAACCCACUGUUUGUUUUCAUGUAAAUCCUCAUGACAUCUCACUCUUAUUCUUUUGCCUCAUCCCAACAUUCCUGGAUUCCGUUCCUGAUUCUGAGUUCCUUGAUCCUCUCUCUUCAUCAUUCGUCACUUGUUUUACCAUCUUGUUUUAUUCCAACCCUCUUGUUCCUUAUGUUCCUCUUCAUGAAUGAAUAAUACAUAUGUAGUCUAAUAAUGCAGAUUUCUAGUGUCAUAUCUGUUCAUCCUGUUGGACUUUCAUCUUUUGGCUGCUUUAGUUGUGAUUAAUACAUAGGACUGUAAGGAGGGUCAAAGUCAAACAGUUUUGAGGGAAUUCCUGCAUAGCAUGUAUCAUGAUCAUCUGUGUAAGCAGAGAGGUUAUGUAAAAGCAUUACAUGUUGUGGUUUAGUUUUUUCUCUGCCAACUGACCUAUGUGCUCUCUCUCUGUUUCUCUCUUUCCUUCUGUUUACUUCUCUCGCUGUCUUCCUGUGCCUGUCACUCUCUUUCUGUCUCUGGAUCAUGUUGUUCUCUCUCUGUGUAUCUCUCCUUCUCUCUCUUCUCAGACAUGUGACACAGGCUGACCUGAAGAGCUCCACCUUCUGGUUGAGAGUGAGCGUGGGAGCCACCGUGUUCGCCGUGCUGGGCUUCGCCAUGUACAGAGUGCUGCUCAAACAACGGUGAUCCACCCACCACCAUCACCAUGCAAACCCAACCUCUGCGAGACUUGUACCCAAAUCUGUUUGUGCUAUUUUGCCAACUACUAUGGUCUAUGGAGUGAAUCCUAGCUUCCACUUAAGUUGAAUUUUCACUUAGUCAUGUAUUGAUGUCAAUGGGAGACUAAGUGAAAAUUCAACUUAAGUGAAAGUUAGGAUCUGCCCCAUAGACCAUAAGAGUUGGCAGGACAGCACAAACAGAUCUGGGACCAGGCUAAGCUUCAGUAUGUCCCCCAUGUGAUGAGGGGAAAAAAGCAAACAUUAUUUAGUUUUAUACCUAGAGAUUUCGCAAGAAAAUGACUGCUAUUGUUCUUUAUUUUGGUGUCUGCACUGACAGUAUGGCUAUAUAUAAUAUUUAUAUUGAAAAUGUGAGGAUAUAACUACUACUGAUGAAGCUAGUGAUUUCUUCUCUUUAAGCAAUAUAUCUAUUUUUUGGUUACCUGUGUGGAUUGAAAUGGUGAAACAAUUCAAUGUUAAUCAGUUGAAGGAGGGGUAGUGAAAUAGAAAUGGGUAUGCAAAAGAACCAAUACCAUACAUAAAAAUAUAUGCUUUAAAACAAAAAGUGAACAAAUUUGUAAAUAAUGUAUAUAUAACUCCUUGUAUAUUUGUUUUCCCAUGAACAAACGACAUUAUGAAGUUCAUAUGCUGAAGCUAUAAUGGUACAACAAAGCCACAUUGGAUGCUAUAAAGGGAUUCGCUUUCAAUCAUUCUAAUUUCCUCAAACCAGUUCAGUAGAGGCUGUUCUGAUGUUAUUAAAAGAAGGUUGUUCUUUAGUUCGCAUUCCAGGGUCAGAAGCUUGGUUGCACACUUGCAAAUGUGUAUGUCUGAAUUGGCCCAUGUUCAAUCAAUGGAUGUUCCGUAUGGGAUGAUACUUUUUGGGUGACUGCGCCUUACCCCUAGACUCAGUAAGGCAGUAGUAGCCUCUGUGGCCCUCCCAUGUCUUCCUGUAUGGGUGUGGACCACCCAGGUGCUGUGUGUGUUGGGCGUGCAU